AUGGCUCUGUGUUUUGUCUUCAUGCUGAUGAAGCUGGAAAUUGCUGGACUCUCCCCAGCUCUCCUUGUGUCCUUACGUCUCCUGUCUCCUCGUAUCCUAAACGUGCUGGGCUGCGGCUCAACGAACUGUAACCUGGUGCUGACGGAGGCCCAGGGGGACUUCACGUCGCCCUGCUACCCCCAGGAUUACCCCAAGUCGCAGUCCUGCAAGUGGACCAUGCAGGCCCCCGCCGGCUUCAUCGUCCAGCUCUCCUUCCUGGACUUUGAGCUGGAGGAGGCGCUUGGCUGCAUCUAUGACCGAGUCGUGGUCAACACAGGAAACACCGAUGCUAAGUUCUGCGGCCUGACGGCCAACGGGCUGACGCUGAACUCUACGGGGAACGUGAUGGAGCUGAGCUUUAUGUCUGACUUCAGCGUGCAGAAGAGAGGGUUCAGUGUUAGCUUCCGCCACGUUGCCGUGGCGCUGAGGAACCAGAAGGUCACCAUAACCGGCAACAACGGCAAGGUCACCAAGGUCGCCGGCUCUGUUUCCAUACCGACGCUCAGACACCUGACCGUGUGCUUCGAGGUGGCACGCUCCAGCCAAAAACAGAAAGAGCAGAUCUUCACGUACUCUGACGAUGACGACACGGCGCUGAGCUUCGGCUCCACUCGGAGCAGCAUGGAGCUGGAGGUGGACGAACAGGUCUGCUCCCUCGACUCCAUCAUCACCGCGUCUGACCUCACGUCCUCCAUGAAGCCCCUGUGUGUGACCUGGACGGCGUCCACCGGCCGCGUGGCCGUUUAUUUCAACGGCAACUACCGAGCCAAGACCUGCUCGUCCACCAGUGGGCGCUCCGUGCCGUCCGGAGGGGAGUUCCGGUUAGGAGGGCAGCACAGCUUCGACGGAGCCAUCUAUAACUUCCGGAUGUGGGAUUACGCCAUGACGGUGCAGCAGCUGGCGGCGCUGACCUGCGACACCACGGGGAAUAUCAUCGACUGGGACAACAGCUACUGGGACAUCCCGUCAUCGCUGGCCCAGACCGACUCCAUGCUCAGCUGCAUCUGCUACCCUCAUUGCAUUCGCUUAACUACCGCUGCGCCAACUAGUGGUACAUCCGUGCCCAGCUUCACAACACAUGCUACCAGCUGUGACUCCCCCGGACUGGGCUGCCCAGAAGGUUUGUUCUACCGAAUCUCUUUUGUCGUGGACAACGUGGGCUCCGAGGUGACCGAGGCCGAUGUCGAGCGCGCCGUGGAUCUCUGGCUGAAACAAAGAUUUCAGAACUGGACUCACACGGUCUUCGUAGAUUACAUCAGUGUGCAACCUGCCGUGCUGGACAGAACCGUCACUGCGAGUUACACCUGCCAGGCCCUGCUGGUUUAUCCCUACACCACCAACGAGAGUCUGGACGAGGCGGCCGUGUCCGCCAGGCUCUCCAGCCCCGACGCUCCGGUGGGCGGCGCCCUGAAGAUCCAGAACAGCUCCAUCAGCAUGAAGUCUGUUGAAAACUGUCCAGAGGAGACUCCACUCCACUACCACUGGCCUGAGACCAGACCCAACAUCACGCAGUACCUGCCCUGCUUCCCCAACAAGGAGCAGAGAACCUCCCGGACCUGUGUGAUCAGUCCCCAGAACUUCUCAUCCUAUUGGUCGGCUCCAGACCUCAGCAACUGUACCGACAUCGAUACCAUCGAAGUGUCGGCAGAAAAUGCCGCUGAGGUGGCGGUGCAGCUCUACAACAUCACCAGCAACGAGCUGUCCAAUGACGAGGUGUCCAAAGUGGUGACGAAGGUGAAGGAGCUGGUGAACGUGGCGAAGAUCAACACCACGUUGGCCUCCACCGUGGUCACCAUCAUCUCCAACGUCAUGACCAGCUCUGAGACUGCGCUGGCAGCCGCCUCCGAGAAAGCUCUGAAGACGGUAGACGAGCUGGUCCAGAAGAUUGAGUUUGAGGGCCCGUCGGUCAGCAUCACCUCCAGGCACCUGGCCUUGGGGAUUUCCGCCCUCAACACCAGCAUGUUCAACGGCACUUCGUUCAGCGCCUUCAUCCCCCCUAACACCACCGACCUAGAGAUUGAUUUUAAAUCAGAGCGGGACAACCAUCUGGCCCAGGUCACCCUUCCAGCCACCCUGCUGUCCAACCUCACCCUGACCGAGGCCGACAGAUCCACCGUCUCCCGGAUCAACUUCAUGUUCUUCAGCAAGACCAACCUCUUCCAGAACGAGCAGGGCGGUCUGUCUUUAAACAGCUACGUGGUGGCCAGCAGCGUUGGGAACUACUCCAUCAGUAACCUGCUGGACCCUGUGAAGAUCGAGAUAGCUCACCUGUCCUACCAGCCUUCCCCAAAUCCAGUUUGUAUGUUCUGGGACUUCAACAUGAAAAAUGGUACUGGAGGCUGGAACAGAGAGGGCUGCAGAGUCGCUCCAGAAUCCAACAGCAACAAAACCAUCUGCCUCUGUGACCACCUCACACACUUUGGCAUCCUCAUGGACAUCUCCGGAGCUGCGGCUCAGGUGGACGGGAGGAACACCAAGAUUCUGACCUUCAUCACCUACAUCGGCUGCGGCAUCUCCGCCAUAUUCUCCGCCGCCACGCUGCUCACUUACAUUGCCUUUGAGAAGCUCCGGCGUGACUACCCGUCGAAGAUCCUGAUGAACCUCAGCACGUCCCUGUUGUUCCUCAACAUGGUGUUCCUGUUGGACGGCUGGUUGGCCAGCCUCGGCACUGAUUGGCUGUGUGUGUCGGUGGCCAUCUUCCUGCACUACUUCCUGCUGACCUCCUUCACCUGGAUGGGGCUGGAGUCCAUCCACAUGUACAUCGCCCUCGUCAAGGUCUUCAACACCUACAUCCGCCGAUACAUCCUCAAGUUCUGCAUCGUCGGAUGGGGUCUCCCUGCUUUGCUGGUGGGAAUUGUGGUCGCCGUGGAUAAAAACUCCUACGGCAAGCAGCAGUAUGGGGCAGCGCAGCCGGGACAGGAAUCCUCCGAGUUCUGUUGGAUCCGGAGUCCAGUCGUCUUCUACACCACGUGCGUCGGCUACUUCUGCCUGGUGUUUCUCAUGAACAUAGCCAUGUUCAUCGUGGUGAUGCUGCAGAUCUGUGGCCGCAACGGCAAGCGCAGCAACCGCACGCUACGAGAGGAGGUUUUGCGAAAUCUCCGGAGUGUCAUCAGCCUCACCUUCCUGCUGGGAAUGACGUGGGGCUUCGCUCUGUUCGCCUGGGGGCCGGUCAACCUCGCCUUCAUGUACCUCUUCACCAUCUUCAACUCACUCCAAGGUCUGUUCAUAUUCGUCUUCCACUGUGCCUUGAAAGAAAACGUCCAGAAGCAGUGGAGGAGAUACCUGUGCUGUGGCCGAUUCAGGCUGGCAGACAACUCAGACUGGAGUAAGACGGCCACCAACAACACGAAGAAGGUGAGCUCGGACAACCUGGGCAAGUCGCUCUCCUCCAGCUCGUUCGGCUCCAGCACCGCCAACUGGACGUCCAAGGCCAAAGCCACGCUCAACCCGUUCACCAAGCGCCACAGCAACACAGGUAAAUGCUACUCCAACCAGACCAGCCCCAAGUGCGUCUCCUCGUCCUCCUCCUCCUCGGAGGCGGAGCCCAACUCCUCGUCCUCGUCCUCGUCCAUCCUGCCCGUCAGCCAGAUGAUCGACAAGGUCAAAGGUUACUGCUCCACGCGCUCCGACAACUUCUACAAGAACAUCAUCAUGUCCGACAGCUUCAGCCACAGCACCAAGUUCUAGAAACGCCGAACCCCCGUCCUCCCUCCCUCCCUCGGCGUUCUUGGGGUUUCUAGAAGCCCGCGAAGCUCUGAAAGCUCUGAAACUGACUGUCGUUAAAAACCCUCCUCCUCCUCCUCCUUCACCUCACUGGCAGCUUCAGCCACAUAGAAAGGUUCGAGAACGCAAGGGCAUCUUCUCGGAACCGUCCACGGCGUUCUUGGAUUUACCCCGUGACGUUUUAGGACCCGCAAAACUGCCGCCAAAAGCUCUUGAAUCCUCCUCCGCCCGAGUGAUAACUGUAUGUUUCCUCUUCAUUUGACAGCUUGCUGACCUUUUUUUUUUUUGACCACCACUGGCAGAAUGAAGUUUAAGAAACCUUCGCUUUCGUUCUGGAACCAUCUGUCCCCUUCCUUGACUUUGCUCUCCCUUG